GAAGCGUUGUAGCUGUUAGCAGAACAGCAGAGCUAGCAGAACACUGAAACCAAUGUAGCCUAAUAUCUGUGUUUUAGCAGAGUCAUUCUGUUUCAGUUGUCUUAAAGACUUAUAAUUUGUGAUACAGGUUUUUAAAAGGCCUUACUGGAUUAAAUCCAAGCGCUGCACAGAAUGUUGGCUACCGGAGCAGCUGUAACCACAGCACUGGCACAGGUGGACAGAGAGAAGAUCUACCAGUGGAUCAAUGAGCUGUCCAGUCCAGAGACCAGAGAGAAUGCCCUCCUGGAGCUCAGCAAGAAGAGGGAGUCUGUACCGGACCUGGCUCCCAUGCUGUGGCACUCCUGUGGAACCAUAGCUGCCCUGCUACAGGAAAUCGUCAACAUCUAUCCAUCAAUCAACCCCCCCACCCUAACAGCACACCAGUCCAAUAGAGUAUGUAACGCUCUUGCACUCCUCCAGUGUGUGGCCUCCCAUCCAGAGACAAGGUCAGCUUUCCUGGCUGCACACAUCCCGCUCUUUCUCUACCCGUUCUUACACACAGUGAGCAAAACACGGCCAUUCGAAUACCUCCGCCUCACCAGCUUAGGUGUCAUAGGUGCUUUGGUGAAAACCGAUGAGCAGGAAGUGAUUAACUUCCUGUUGACCACAGAGAUCAUUCCCUUGUGCCUUCGCAUCAUGGAGUCUGGCAGCGAGCUCUCCAAGACGGUUGCAACCUUCAUACUCCAGAAGAUCCUCCUGGAUGACACAGGGCUGGCGUAUAUCUGUCAAACAUAUGAGCGCUUCUCCCAUGUCGCUAUGAUUCUCGGCAAAAUGGUCCUCCAGCUCUCCAAAGAGCCGUCAGCCCGCCUUCUGAAACAUGUAGUACGCUGUUACUUACGCCUGUCUGACAACUCCAGAGCCAGAGAAGCUCUGAGGCAGUGCCUCCCCGACCAGCUCAAAGACACCACCUUUGCCCAGGUCCUGAAGGAUGACACCACCACCAAACGCUGGCUGGCCCAGCUGGUGAAGAACCUGCAGGAGGGUCAGGUCACUGAUCCCCGCGGCAUCCCUCUCCCCACACAGUGACUGCCCCCCCCGCUCCUCGACCCUGAGGAACACCAGCAAAAACUGCCUAUCAGACGAGCCUUCAAUCAUGGACACACGGAUGGCACUGUUUUUGUGAGAGACUUUCAAAGGAAAGGCUGCUGCCUGAUUAUUUUCGUGUUCAGAUGUGCAAGCGAACAGCUUGAGCCUCUGCACUUCCGUUGCCAUGAAUCAGAGACAUUCACAUUUGUUGCCUCGCCAUGUGUUCUGCAACUGUUUAUAGAUCUACAAUAAAUUGUUGCACAACGAAAAACAGCUUCAGCACAUUCACUCUGCUGCAGUAACUCUGCCAAAUACAUUGCCAUUAAAAGUAUUUAAUAUGCUGGUGGUUUGUGAGGCCUUCUGUAUGACCUGUAGCUGUGUGUUACUGAUAAGAUAUCUUAAUGGAAUAUUUCAGUAUUAAAGUACGCUAAUGUUC